AUGAAGGAAUCAAUCAAAAGUACAUUCCACUGUUUAGGAGUCUUAGCAUCAUUCUCGAUAAUAUUAUCAGUUCAGAUUCAAGCGAAGUUUAUCCACGAAGCCAAUAUAACGGACAUUCGACCAACAGAUUCGAAUCAAAUGAUGCAUGCAACUGCGCCCCAAGGUCAAAGACAUUUCAUUUGUCAGACUCGUAUGAAAAGGCAGCUGCUUCCUCCAAUUUUGUCACCACUGAGGUCGAGACUGAGACACCCUCGCCUUCGUCUACCACCCCGGAGACCGAUCAUAUUACCCAUUAUAACGACCGCUAUAUCGGACGGAAUAAGAACAUACCCACAAUACCUCCAGGAAAUACCGCUAGCAUUGGGGGAGACACUGGUAGGCUCCAUGAGGGACGCAGCGCCACACAUAUCAGAAACGAUAAAGGAUCUCACACCGGGACUAAUGGAAAUCAUGAACACGAUACCCGAAUCAGAAACACUCCACCCGUUACAGAAGAUGGUGAAGAAGAUACCAACAAUGAUACACGACACAGUGCAAGCGGCGAUAAACCACGAACACUCCGACCAAUUACAUUUAACACCACAGAUUCCAUUGCAAACGGAAACAAUAACAUCCUCGUCAAAACGUCCAUCAACAGCACUGAAAGAAACCUUUCAGGACGCGAAGGACACAAUAACGUCACAAAUAGAGGUGGCGAAACAGAAAGCCCAAUACUACUAUCAAAAUCUCCUUUCAGACUACAAAGACUUGAGCCCAAAAAAGCAGAACUCAUACAAACAAAGGACGAAAAAGAUUAUGCAGCAAUCGAACGGUAUUUCACCAGCCCUAGGCGAAUCUCUAACCUCAAUAGCCAAAAUACCACAGACAAUAAAAAAGGCCGUAGAACAAAUGAAACAGUAA